GCUGCUUAGCUGGUGGAAGAUUGCUUUUUAACUCCACUGAUUUUUGCACUAAUUCUGAAAAAAAUGACAACGUGCUGUUCCUUUGGACUAAAUCCUUGUGGUAUGUUAAUUGAUUCAAAGCUCGAAAUCAAUGAAAAGCUGGAAAUCAGUGAAGCAGAAUCAGGGUUCUUUAUAAUGAGCCGACGGAGGAUAUCGUGUAAAGAGCUCGGGCAAGCCGAUUGCCAAGGAUGGCUCUACAAAAAGAAGGAAAAAGGAGCUUUCAUUGGCAACAAAUGGAAAAAGUUCUGGUGUGUGCUGAAGGAGUCAUCGCUGUAUUGGUACAGCAGUCAGCUGGCUGAAAAAGCAGAAGGAUUUAUUAGGCUUCCAGACUUCAGUGUGGACCGAGCAACUGAAUGCAAAAAAAAGCAUGCUAUUAAGAUCAGCCACCCACAGAUCAAGACAUUUUAUUUUGCAGCAGAAAAUGUUCUGGAAAUGAACACGUGGCUGAGUAAGCUGGAAAUGGCUGUAGACCCUCAGGCACUCAAUGGGAAGAAUGAAGAAGAAUGUUACAGUGAAAGUGAACAUGAUGAUCCAGAAAUAACAGACACACCACCUCCCCCCUACACAGCCCAGCCACCACCUCCUCAUUUGGAUCAGCAGAAGUUCUCCUUGACCUCAACUCUGUCAAGUGAAGCAUCUUGUUCUCUCUCCUCCCCUGAAAGCACUUUCAACUCCCAAGAGUCGUCAUCUUCCUUGGUGUCCAAAGUGGUUUAUCCCGAGAGGCAGUCCUGGCUUGACCUAGUUAACAGCUCUGCCAUAGAAGAGGGUGAUCAGCCUUUAACCUUCUGUGUCCAGGUUCACUCUGAGGAGCAGCCAGAAAUGGACUGUGGAGAAGUGGCAGAAAGCCAGGAGGUCCAGCCCAGUGGUGGAUCCCAAAAUUCUUUGUUAACUCAAAAUAUACAUUGCCUGGCUGUGCUAGAUGCAACAGGACAGAAAUCACUAGCCAAAGAUCAGGGAAAAUGCCCCGAUGAUGAGAUGGAGCGACUUUAUAAGUCGUUAGAACAAGCAAGCUUGUCUCCCAUUGGUGAUCGUCGGCCUUCAACCAAGAAGGAGCUUAGGAAGUCAUUUAUCAAACGUAGCAAAAAUCCUUCCAUUAAUGAGAAACUCCACAAAAUUCGAAUGCUGAAUAGCACAUUAAAGUGUAAAGAACAUGACCUGGCCACAAUUAACCAGUUGCUAGAGGACCCAAAGUUGACGGCAAUGAAGUAUAGAGAGUGGAAGAACACAAACAUCAUGCUGGUUCAAGAUAUCUAUCACCAGCAGGAUGCCCAGGAUGUAUCCACAGAGAACAGCGAGGAGCAAGAGAUGACUCCACCAUCUAUUGCUGAAAGUGCUAUCUGAGCCUGUGGAUCUGUGGCGCACAGCAAGAUUUCCGCCCCCGGUCUUCACGUACACGCACUUUAAACUGCUGUGUUCUGAGGUUUGUUUUUUCCAAGUGUUCUUCAUACGGAGAAGAACCCCUUCUCCAAAGCUUUAAUUCCUCUUAACAACAACUUACUUCAUAUCGAAAGAGUGAAUCCCCCAAUUUAAAAAAAGCACGUCUGUAUCUGAAACGUGUAUCUAAGAAGAAUAUUAUCUGAAGCGGGGAAGAAAUGUUCUUCCAUCUUGGGAGAAGUAAAUUGAAUAUAUGCGGCUCCUGGAAUUCACAGAGGCAUCUAUGAACUGCAUAGAUGUCAGAUGCUUGAGGUCAUUUUAACCACGUAACUUACUGAUAGAGGAAGC